UCCUCCGUAACAAAUACUAACUUAAGUAAACGAGAAUAGCGUAGUAGUUGUACCAGACAAAUUCAAAAAUUCAUUGUCGUUCCUUAGGGUCGUGAGAGCACAAGUCGCACCCGAACGAAACAACUGUCACACCAGUUGCGCAAGCAGUUUAACGAUACCGAAGACGAACCAAUAGGACGAACAAAAUGCUACGCCGACCCCGUCGCCUGCUCCUUCUCCUCAGUUGCUACCUAUCCCGCCUCCACAUUGGUCUAGUCGCAUGCAAAAGUUUUCUUCAACCUACCGAAGAUAGCUUUGGUGUAGAAGUUGAAGAAUUCCACCAUCACAACGAUCAAGAAGAUAGUUCUUGCUGCACCAGUGACAUCGAAGAAAGUUUACAUCGUGAAGAAGCAGCCUCGUUCAUGAGAAACCUCCAGUGGAUGCCUCCAGAUCCGUUACCAAGUUCGUACCCUCUCUCAUCACGCUGUCCUUGCACAAUGUUGAGUCCUCGGUCACCAAUGCUUCCUCGUGAGCAAAACGGAGUGUACCAGACGGUUUCGGUCGAAGGACCAGAUCCAUCACCCAGCCGCGACAGCGAUCACGCAGAACUUUUUUCAGAAGGAGGUGUAGUGGUUCCUGGAUCUAGUUCUAGAAGUCAACCCCCUCUUUUUUUGCCUGGAGCAGCUGCAGUUGAAGCUUCUCGGACUAGGAAUAGAAGAACCAGCAGAGCCAGAAGACGAAGAACUGCAAGUGGAAACAGAGGAGAAGAAGAAGAUGUUGCGUCACCUUCCGGUCCUCAGGAGGGACAAGAAAGGUUUUCAAGUAGUGGUUCCAAUACUCCUCGACGUGUCAGAGAUGAAGAUCAUCAUCAUGUUGAGGAUGUCGUUCCUGUUGUCGUGGACUUAAUAUCUCCUUGUAGUUCCCCAGAGCCUGAAGAUCAGCCCUACUUAUACCGCACACGACGAGAGCCGCGUUCUAAAACUGCCAUGAGCUGCAAAGACCUACAGGCUAGCUUAUCCUUGCUAGAAAAACCUACCCGCCAUGCAAGUAGUUUUACAGAUGAAGUACUAGGAUUAGACGGGGAUAGAAAGCUGCUCAGCUGUGUUCUUGGAACUACCAGUAGAAGUGCGAGUAGUGGCAGUGGCACAAUAGUAGAACCCGGAGGACCACUACGUCUGUCAUCGAGUCCGUUGGCCUUGAGGACUAGCGCAACAGCUGGCACUCCUGGAGCUGCUAUUGAUCCGGAUUCCUUUUUCAUGGACUGGAUAUUCGAUUUUAUGAUGGUGGGUCGUUCUCAGAAGGAGUUCAAGCUCGGGUUGGAGUAGUCGGCUGUUAGCUAUUUAUCAGGAUCAACAGGAUUAGCGGGCAGAAGUCGCCCGGGGAAUCUUAGGCAGACUUGUACUAGUCUACAGAAGUGGUUCCCUUCAUCAUAUUCUUGCGACGACAAGAAUAAGAAAACUUUCGCUUCCUCCUCUAGCUCACGUUCAUAUCCCCGCUUCCCUACAGCGAGACCUCGCGUGCGAUCCUUGAUGCAAUCGAUUUCUCCAGCAUAAUCGCUUUGCGCACUGGCUGUGCUCGUUUGGCGAAUCACGAUAUGAUCCGCUGCUCCAUAGAUAUGUGGCAGCAGAAAUUUAGAGACGCCUGGCUUCGAUGCUGUUGGUCCAAAAUGUACACGUCGCCACGCAGCGACUGGUGGGAAGGGAGCGAACAAAUGGCGCAUGAUGUUGGGCAGUAGCUGGUUGGUGCAUUUAAUGUUGUGCUGGGGAGUAGCUGUAGUUGGUGCAUUUAAUGUUGUGGGGCAGUAGCUGUUGGUCGUGUAUGAUGGGGAGUAGCUGUUGGUGUAUGAUGCAGCUUGGAAGUACCAGAAGAACACCGACAUUAUAGAAGUUUGAUAAGUGUGGUUUGUACUGUACAACAACUUGAACUUCUACUUUCAUGCGUUCGUUGUAUUCUAAAAAAGCAAAAUCAAUGAGCUCUUUCGAAAGAACGACAUAAGUAUUUUUAGAGAUAGAUAAUACUCCUAGUACUGGAACAAUGGCAAUAAGUUCGGAAAAUUUAAUGAGCAAAAUAUCGUGUGAUACUGAUUGUGUGAUACUACUUGAAAUACUUACAACUCGAACGAACCUGCAACCUACUUAGUGAAACUGACCACAAACACAGUGAAGAUGUUAAAAGUCUCCUCGUUUAUAGAAAUUUCAAUUUGUAGUGCUGUGACUCGUCUGAGAUGAGUGUUUGACAAAUGGUGCUGGUAGAACGAGA